AUGUUUAGGUUUCGUUGCUUACCUAAAUUCUGGAGAUCCACACUUGGCCUUCCUUAUUUCACUGAGCUCUUCCUCACCAAUUCAAUAGCUCGUCCACGGCUCUUGUUCGCCAUCCAAGUUGAUGAAGAGUUAUUAUUCUUCUCUUCACCACAACCUCAAAAUCCAGCUGACAACUCCACUCUUGUAGCCACCCCUUAUAAUAUGAGUUUUCCCAAAGAUUUUGAAGUUGACAUCAGAACAACUCUGAGUGGACAGGUCUUUCUUUGUUGGAGAAGAAAGGAGGGGAUGAUUUUUAACCCCGUCACUGGGGAGUCCACUACCAUAACCUUACCAGAAGUGAAAGCUAAGGGUAGUGUAAGACGUUCCUAUGUUGGCUAUGAUCCAAUCAACAAACAAUUCAAAGUCUUAUGUAUGAGUUGGUCAUUUUAUUAUUGGCUUUUGACAUUGGGGAGUACUGGAAAACCUUUGUGGAGAUCGAUUGAAUGCAAUAUCAAUAUUUCUGUGCAUAAGGGAGCAUACAUAGUUGGUGAAAUAUACAUAAAUGGUGUUGUGUAUUCCGGAGCCCAUUACAUUGAAGAAUCUUGUAUGAUAGUUUGUUUUGACUUUAGCUCUGAGAAAUUCAGCUUUAUUAAGAUAGAUGAAGGAGUGCUACGUGGGACUCUGGUAAACUACAAAGGUAAGUUAGGGGUAUUAGUUAAAGAUGACUAUCAUUAUCAACUUGUGUUGUGGGUUCUUGAAGAAGAUGCUGGAGUACAUAAAUGGUCCAAGAGUCUAUGCGUACAGUCUCGCAUAAGCUUACUCGAGAGGAUCGGGGACUAUUUUCACAUUCUUGGAAUUACUGGUGCAGGUGAAAUUGUGUUUACAACGUACCGUCAGUCAGACCGUUUCUACAUUGUCUACUACAAUAUCGAGAGCAACACUUUUGCGAGAGUCAAUAUUCAGGGAUUCGAACAUUUUAAGGAUCCAUAUAUCACUCCUCGCAUCUUUCUAGACUAUGUUGAGAAUAUGAAGCUUUUGUAA